AUGUAUACGAACAUCCUCACGGUGGCCCUUGGCCUCGCUUCUGUCCCGUUGGUGGCCAGCCACCCGGGCGAAGACCACCACGCGGAAGCGAUGAAGCGUCGCGAGUUUCUCAAGAACAACGUCGCGAACCUGGAUCAUUGCGCUGGCAAGCUGGAUGCUCUGGGCGUCACGAAGCGAUCCAUCCAGCGCCGUCACAGCAGGAUUCACGGCAUCAGGGAGAAGCGCGGCCUCGUCGCCCGUGACCAGCAUCAUGAGGGUCGCAGCUACAACGCCGAGGUGAGCCAGGCGGCCGAAUUCAAGAGCAACUCCUCGUGUGUCCUGUCUCCUGAGGAGAUUCUCGGUCCUUACUAUGUUGCCGGCGAGUCUAUCCGCUCAGACAUUACAGAGGACCAGACCGGUGUGCCGGUUCAUCUGGAUAUUUCCUUCAUCGAUGUCAACACUUGCCAGCCCCUUGUUGACUCUUGGGUUGACGUGUGGCAGGCCAAUGCCACUGGCGUCUACGGCGGCGUCGUCCAAGAGGGCUUCGAGAACAGAAACGACACCUGGGAGGAGACCUGGGGCCUGACCUGGCUGCGCGGCAUCCAGAAGACGGACACGGACGGCGCCGUGCACUUUGAGACCAUCUUCCCCGGCCACUACGAGGGCCGCACCCUGCACAUCCACGUCCUGACGCACCCGCACGCCACCCCGCUACCCAACAACACCAUCAUCGACGAGCGCGCCUCGCACGUCGGCCAGAUGUACUUUGACCAAGACCUCGUCGACCGCGUCGAGCAGCUGGCCCCGUACAACACCAACCACCAGCCCGUCACGUCCAACGCCGAGGACGAGUUCCUGCAGGGCGAUCUUGAGGCCGGCGGCUACCCGUACCUCCAGUAUCAGCUCGUCGGCGACAAGCUCGAGGACGGCCUGCUCGCAUGGCUGAACCUGGGCGUCAACGGGACCGAGGACAAGGUCGUGGACCCCAUCACCACCUACCACCCCCGGCCUACCAAGCCGGCCAACGCUUGCGCGUAG